AUGCUGAAAGCCACGAAAUUCGAAUCAGUGGAGUUAAGAGUGUACAUUCUCUACAGCGAAAGGACAUCCUUCAAACAUGCUCUCACUGAUCUCGCUGGGGGCAAUAGAGAAAGAGUCUUUCGCACUCUGGCCUUACAACCCGGCCCUGAUCUCCCGGCGCAAGACUACAACGACUGGUACGAGCAAGAACACAUCCCGCUCCUGUCUGAAGUGCCGGGAUGGCUCAAAUCGACUCGAUGGGUGUUGAAACAAGCGACAUCACCCAAGCACAGUAACGAACUGGGAGGGAAAGGAUUGUCAAAUUUUCUGUCUGUACAUGAAUGGGAGAGUAUGGCGUCUUUCAAGACGGAAGAGUUUAAGCGGGCUACGAAUACGCCGUGGAGGGAUCGGAUUAUUCCCAAGCUUGAUAAGAGCUUGGAAGAGAGGAGGAAUUUUGGCAAGGGGAGGAGAAUAUGA